GUUUAGUACUUACAUUUCCGUGCAGAGAGUUACAUAUAAUUACAGAAAAUGACAAAAGACUUACAAAAUAAAACUAUUGUGAUAACUGGAGGUGCUGUGGGCAUUGGAUACGCAAUCGCCGAGAGCUUCUUACAAAAGAAUCCUAAAGUGGUCAUUAUUUUGGAUGUCAAUGAAGACUUUGGAGCUGACGCUAUCAAGAAACUUUCUGCUCAAUACGGCGAAGAGAAAGCUGUUUUCUUAAAAUGUAAUGUUAUAACAGAUAUUGAAGUGAUAUUCAACCGAAUCAUAGAAGACUACAGUACCGUCGAUGUGCUUGUAAACAACGCGGGAAUGUUAAACGAUUCAGCAUUCAAAAAAACUAUCGAUAUAAACGUGACUGCUCUAAUAGAAUGGUCCUUGAAGUUUUGGGAACACAUGAGGAAGGACAAAUCUGGAAAAGGAGGUACUAUAAUAAACAUGGCUUCGAUAUAUGGAUACGUAAUAGACCCUUACGUGCCUGUAUAUCACGCUUCAAAAUUUGCUGUAAUGGGAUUUACGAAAUCAUUAGGACAUGUUAACAACUUUACUAAAUUUGGCGUGAGGGUGGUGGCUAUUUGUCCUGGCUUCACUACGACUGUCUUAGCAAGAGAUAUGAUAACAUGGACUCCUGAUGUAAUGGAAGAGUUCAAUGCUUACGCAAAAGAGCAGCCGUGGCAAAACCCUGAGGCAGUGGGCAAGGCAACAGUGGAAGUCUUUGAGAACGCCAACAGCGGCACGGCAUGGCGCAUUAUUGGGGCACAACCCAUAAUUCAAGUAUAAAAUUUU